ACUCCAAAACGGUCUUUCCUUGUUAUCUGGGUGCUUAUCUGCGUGGUCAGAGCUCUACGAGAGUCCCGGCUCAAGAUCUCCGUCUCAAGCUCCGCGUGCGUUAAUUUUCUCUGCCAGGUGGACCUCCGCAAAGGUGAACGUUGAGCCAGCGUGCUGGUUUGCUCUGCUUACGCAACUGCCCAUCUCCCUGUACAUCUUGCCUCUCAUUGUUGGCCUCUCAUAUGCAUUUCUUGUUGCGGUGUGGUUGUGGCAAUUUGUAUUGUGCCUUCGCCUAGCGUGGAGAUUCGCUGUGUGUGUGACUAAUUCCUGAAUUUGAUUCUUGUUUCUCGUUGACGAAUCAUGCCACAUGUUCGCAGUUGUCACAGGCGAGUUGCACGGAGAUCUCGAGUUUAUCUGGACUUCUGCAAGCCGUCAUGUAUUCCCGUUUGCUUUGACUCGUUGCUGCCAGAACCGAUCCGUAUACGCGUCUUCUGAGAUAAUUGGCUGCUCCGCCUGGAUUGGAGGGAGACUGCAGAGGGGAGAUGGAAGUGGGAGUGCAGACUUUGUCUUCUUCUUGCCGGACUGUGUGUGUCGAUGUGCAAACGGAGACCCCCCCGACUCUGUGUCAUGCCCACUUCUACGAGAGCGCAGUUGCGAGUUAAAGAGUAGUUGGGAGUUCAACAUUUGGAAUUUCAGCAGUUGGUUUCACUUUGUGCCAGACCCAUUCUUAUGACAGUGCAGUUGGGAGUCCAACAUUUGGGAGUUCCGCUGCCGCCAGCGUGCAGGACGCCUGUGUGCAAACAGAGAAUCUGGCGAGGGGUAUGCACAACGGUAGUCUGGAUCGUACAUUCAAGUUUGUAUGCGACAUGGCUUUCAAGCUCACAGUAUAUUCUUCCUUUGCGAUAUCUGAUCUCCACGAACAUCUUCCAUUGGUUUUAAAUAGCAUGGCGGGCAACAUCGAGGAUGCACUUAAACAGAUAGAACGCAUCGCAGUGACCCUGGACGACAUUCAUCGGAGAGAUGGAGGCUCGUGGUACGUCGUGGAUGCGCCAUUGUGCUACUCGAGAUUCCUGGCGAGGUUGCAUCGAGGAUACAAUGGGCGACAUUUAUAGGAUUCAACGGUCUAGAUGUUCAUCUGUUUCACGGCACAGUGCAGUUGCCUCUCCGUCGGGGUCGUCGUCUGUCCGUGUCGCUUCGGAUGUGACAGCCAAGACUGGACAUCAAAAGUCGGUUCCCCAAUCUUCCCAAAGCAUUCGAGUUUUUCCCGAUAGCGGUGAUAGCUCUAGAGGUAACCGCAAAGGCAGAGGCAAAGGCAAACGGUAUCCUAGCAGCGCCACGCCUGCCAAGAGCUCUAAAGGCGCCAACAUACGAGGACAGGAGUUUGACGGAGCAGGUCGUACGCACGUGUAUGCAACUUUCGGCUUAGAACCGCGGAGGCAGUAGUACUUGUAUCUCAUCUGUUUUCUCAUUUCUCACUUCAUCUCUCAGUUUGAUCUCUCGCUCGAGCCAUGAUGGCUCUACGGCCCGCUGUGGGCCCCGCUAAGUGCUUCAGGUGCGUAUGGGGCAGGGGCCCCCACAUUCUUCAGGUGACGUUCUUCCACGGGUUGUUUCCCGUUCAAUUCGUUACUUACUUCACAUUUGACGUUGAGCAUAGGCCUCUUGUCAUACCGCGGGUUGUUCAAGCGUAUUUCGGAUUUGAGUUGAUGUGAUGAAGUGAUUGUUGCUCGCUCAUGCCGUGCUUGUGCGUGUCGUGCGUGCGUGCUUGACUUCACACACUCAUAAGAGCUUAGGCUUCCGCCUUCCUCAUCGUUUGGAUCGGUGGGGCUUCGCCUGCUCCCGAUGCGUCCGCUGCCUUGCUAUCGACUAGGCUGGGAAGCUUGCGCAGUCGACCGCAAACACCGCAAACAAAAACCUGAUUGACAGUGCAGUAAGGAGUCUUUGGUUCCACAUACUGUACACAGUGAUUUCGAUGAUUGUACACACUGGUGUUGUGGGCCCCCAUUGGUUUCGAUGGUGUGGCCUUAUGAUGUGUUGUACUCUGCUCAAUUUAUGCAAUUUUCAUGAUUGUCCAGGUAAACCUUCGACAUCGUGGAAGCGAAAAAUGAGACGUCUGAAACUGGUGGCGUACCGCCAAGUUGCGAUUGACUUCUCUCACUUGGACCGCCCUGCGCCGGUCGUUGUUGUAAGCGCUAAACAUUCUGCCGCCAGCCCACAGGACGGUUCGCACGAUAUUGCUUCUGUUCGUUCUUCUUCGAUGGCCAAUGAUAUUUCGCAGGAUACUGCUGUGCGCGAUGAUGUUGAGGAGGUGGUUGAGGAGAAUGUUGGGCAUGAUAGUUCGCAUGAUAGCAGGUCGGGGCAGGAUGCUGCCCUUGGGGAGCCCGUGGGGCAGACGAGGCAUCUUGUUAUCAGGGUCCAGUGUUGAUCAUGAGGCUUCUGAGUUCCAUGUUGAGUGAUCUUCAUCUGGGCGAAUCCUGUUUGAUGAUCGGUCUCCAGUGGCUUGCUAUGAGAUGCCCCUUGAAGCGAGGCUGAGACCCAUAUCGAGGCGGAGACACAAGGAGAGUUCGCAUGUUAUUGCCGAUGGAGCUGUUAAACUGCUAGCGAGACUCAACAGGCGAGACACUGUUAAGACGGCAGCUGAUGUUAAAAUGUCGGAGGUUGAGAAGGAUAACGAAGAUGUGGAGAAUCGAGGAGGAGGAAGCUCAUCGAUCUCAGUGGAUACUAUGGCGUUGCCAGCAGUGUCCAGUGACCCCGCAGCGUCGUUGCCAGAACAGAAGGGUCGUCGUCGUCGGAGAGAGGGAGAUGAUGGAACGGACGCUUCCAGGGGAGACGCUGAACUGGAGAACGACCCGACAACUGAGUCGGACGGGGAGCAGUUCGACCCAGCAAAUUGGCAACGACAGGGGUUCAACAUGAACAAAGCGAUUGGAAAGAGUACGAGAAAGAUGGAGCGGAAGGUUAAAUGUCUUCAAAAUGAUGUUGAGACUAUUCAGAGGUGGCAGGAUGAGGCAGAGGUGAAGAUGUCAGUGUUGCAAACACAGUUUACGGAGUUUAAACAGGGAGGAAGUUCGAGUGCUGCAUAAGACAGUGGAAGGGAGGAGGUUUGUCAUUGCUUUUUUCAUUGGUGUUGCCGUUAUAAGCUUGUAUUUACCACAUGCUGACUCGUGCCUGGCAGACGAUGAAGAGAACACUGGGUCAAGGGUCCCUGGCUCGAGACAGGAGUCUGUGGUUCCACAUACUGUACAAGGUGUUUCGUGUUGGGCACGCUGAUAUUGUAUUUUUCUGUGGAAGUCGUAGAUAUUGAGAGGGUACUGACCAUUGAGAAGUUAUUGGCCACCGCAUGGAGAGGUUAUUUAUCAUUGAAGGGUUAUUAUUCACCUUGUGAAGCUGAAGACAUGAAGUGGUUAUUGAUCAUCACGGCGUUGGAUCGGUAGUUCCUUGCACACUGUGAUUUCGCAGAUUGCACACGCCGGUGUUGUGGGCCACCGUUGGUUUCGAUGGUGUGGCCUCAUGAUGUGUUGUAAUCUGCUCAGUUUUGUACGUGUAUAUAGUGUGUUCGGUUGUCUUUGCCACGUGUUACCGGUUUCAACUUUCGACAUUGGAACUCUUGUGGAGGGGAAGUGUCGCGUGCUCUGUGGUCGAUCGCGGAGGAGGCGUUUGUCCUGGAUCCGCGGUCGUCUGUGUCGGUGUGACAGGUUUAUCUUUGUCUGUGAAGAUCUUGUUACUUGUAACGUGAAACAUUGUUAUUUUUCCUGUUGAACCAUUGUGACUUGUCACUUGGUGCCUCUAAGUUGGUCUUGACUUGUGAAUCGUUGAAUACAUGCAUGUUGUGAUUGAUUGUUGGUCUGUGGUGCUCUCUCUCUCGUUGCUCUUCGCUUCAUUUGUAGCGGCGACGUGAGGUGUGUAUAGCGGCCUGUUGUGAAUAUUUUUUCAAAUUCACGCGCAUUCCCUAGAAGACUCGGACUUGUUUGCAGUGCCAUUCUUCCGUUUGGCUUGUUACUUGGUGCCUCAAAGGAGGUUACUCGUUGCCCUGAUCGACAGUGUAGUUGCCUCAAAGCAGGUCGCUUGUAUGAGAUCGUCGUUUUCUUUUCUUGGCUCAUUGGAGCCUGCUCGCUGCCCCAUGUGGGCCUGCAUACUUCGUGUGUCUGCACUCUGCUCAAUUCAUGCAUGUGGUGAUCGGUGCUCCUGCUCGCUUGAAGUGCUUGACGUUGCGUGACUGCGUGACGGGGCCCCUGUUAGUGGGGCCGCAGGUGUUCGAUUUCGACAUGCCUAAGCCACACUGGCUCGGCGCGUGUCAUUCUUGAUGCCUCGAAGUAGGUCCUUGCCCGCGUCCUUGUUUUGUACUCUUGUACAGCUCAACGAGUGUCGCAAUUUUUCUUGAAAUUCCGGCGCGAGGUGGAGCUAGUUGGCGGAGCGGGCGCGGACGGACAAUGACUCGUAGAGCUUCCCUAAGAGCGGAGCGGCGAAUAAUCCCGGCGCGCUAGGGAGCUAGUUGGCACACAAAAUCUCGAC